GAUGUCAAAACAGACCCGCGGCAUGGCACGUCCUCGGCACAGUGCCCAGCCAGAGGUGCUGGACGUGUGCUGCAGCCCCUGUGGCUCUGUGCUGCACUGUGUGUCCCAUGCAGCCCACUGGGGAUGGAGGGAGCCUGGAGCAUCGCUGCACGAGGCUCCUCGGGUCGGGGCUGGAGCAGUACGAAGUGCACCAGGACGUUGUGUGUGUGUGCUUUAUGCCAUGGCACAUCAGUGCUCUUGGAGAUGGAGAGGGCGACUCACAGCCCCGGUGACAAAGUCCCCGUGUUCCUGCAGCCAUCUGACGUGGAGCAGUGGGGCUGGAAACACCCUAUGGAACAUCUAGAAGAGCUGUUUUGCUUCUCCACCAUUGGGAAAGAAUUGAAAACCCCACAGGACGUUGGGGUGCCCCAGCAGCAAUGUGUCAUCCCCCCCCUCCCAGCACUGCGCACUGCCCAGGGCUGCCCCCCGCCGGCCCCUCACCCUGCGCCGGGUGGGAGUGAUGAAGUGGAGCAGAGAAUUGUCCCCUUCACACAUGAGAGAUCAGAGCCGUUGGCCGCCAACCCCACACUGUGGGAUUGCUGGGUGGGCGAACAGGAGGAGGAGGAGGAGGAGGGUGGGCACAGCAGCCCGCAGCGGGUGAGGGCAGUGGGGAAGGAAGCACUGACACCCAUCUGUCUGUCUGUGUGCUGCAGGAGCUGAGCUGACUCUGCUGGUGGCCUCACACACCACCGUGGCCAGGCGGUAGCUGGGACGUGCAGCCCACCACCAUGGGGAGCAGCAAGAGCAAACCCAAGGACCCCAGCCAGCGCCGGCGCAGCCUGGAGCCACCUGACAGCACCCACCACGGGGGGUUCCCAGCCUCGCAGACCCCCAACAAGACAGCAGCCCCCGACACGCACCGCACUCCCAGCCGCUCCUUCGGGACCGUGGCCACCGAGCCCAAACUCUUUGGGGGCUUCAACACUUCUGACACCGUCACGUCACCGCAGCGUGCUGGGGCGCUGGCUGGCGGUGUCACCACCUUUGUGGCUCUCUAUGACUACGAGUCCCGGACUGAAACAGACUUGUCCUUCAAGAAAGGAGAACGCCUGCAGAUUGUCAACAACACGACAUCUUAUUUUUUGCUUAUUUUUUUUCAUUUUGUUUUGUUUCUAAGCCCGUUAAGCAUUUUUCUGCCUCUCCUCGAGGCACACGGAGCUCUGUGUGUUUGCACAGCACUUGGUUGCAUGGCCUCACCUCCAGGCACAGGGAAACUGCAAACUCUGCAUUUGCAGAUUAGGACCCCGGUGACACAGAGUGACCAUUGCAUUUGGAAAGCAGAAGUCACACAGCUGCCCACAAUGACCAAAGCACGGGGCCUGGGUGUCCUCGAGUCACCCAUGUUUUGGGAGGCUUUUGGAGUGAGGGUGCUGAGCAGAGCUCUGCUCGGUGAUUGUGAGCCUGCUGCUUGUUCCCACAGGUGGUACUUUGGGAAGAUCACUCGUCGGGAGUCCGAGCGGCUGCUGCUCAACCCUGAAAACCCCCGGGGAACCUUCCUGGUCCGGGAGAGUGAGACGACGAAAGGUGACCCCCAUAUCCCCCUUUCUUUCUCUGCCAGAGCCACAGUGCUGGGAGCAGCCCUGCAGGGGUCCUCCAGCACUUGGUCACCGCGUGGUCCCAACCCCCCUGUCAUAGGUGUACCAAAGGAGAUGAGCCUCCUGCACUGCAUUCACCUGCAGUUUCACUCGUAUUCUGCUUUUAUAGAUGUCCCCUUCACACUCUGCUCUUGUCCCAUUAUCCAAGCUGGAGACAGAGGUGUCCCAUGCAUGACAUCCUGGUUUUACCCACUAAGGUGGCCAGACCCUGGUGAAACACUGGGUUUGAGAAAGAGAAGGGGUCUGAGUGUAGAUGCUCAAGAUGUUGCAAGGAAGACAUCAUCCAAAUUCCAGAGUAUCACUCGUGUUGUCCCUGCUGUGCUAGAACAUGCUGAUGGCUUGUGCCACCGCCUGACCAACGUCUGCCCCACAUCCAAGCCCCAGACCCAAGGACUCGCCAAGGAUGCAUGGGAAAUCCCCCGGGAGUCGCUGCGGCUGGAGGUGAAGCUGGGGCAGGGCUGCUUUGGAGAGGUCUGGAUGGGGACCUGGAAUGGCACCACCAGAGUGGCCAUAAAGACCCUGAAGCCCGGCACCAUGUCCCCGGAGGCCUUCCUACAGGAAGCCCAGGUGAUGAAGAAGCUCCGACACGAGAAGCUGGUUCAGCUGUAUGCCGUGGUGUCAGAGGAGCCCAUCUACAUCGUCACUGAGUACAUGAGCAAGGGGAGCCUCCUGGACUUCCUGAAGGGAGAGAUGGGCAAGUACCUGCGGCUGCCACAGCUCGUUGAUAUGGCUGCUCAGGUGGGUUCCUGUUUCCUUUUCCUCCCUUUGGUUGGAUCGGGUCUGGCUGUGGAGCCAUCCCCACCAUGGUGGGGGUCCUCCUGUCCCCUGCAAAGCCCGGUCCCCACACUCUGUUGGGGGUCUGUGGGCUGCAGAGGGGAGCAGCCCCUCACUCUGCCUCCCCUUCCAGGUGCCAAGUUCCCCAUCAAGUGGACGGCCCCCGAGGCGGCCCUGUAUGGCCGGUUCACCAUCAAGUCAGAUGUCUGGUCCUUCGGCAUCCUGCUGACCGAGCUGACCACCAAGGGCCGGGUGCCGUACCCAGGGAUGGUCAACAGGGAGGUGCUGGACCAGGUGGAGCGGGGCUACCGCAUGCCCUGCCCGCCCGAGUGCCCCGAGUCACUGCACGACCUCAUGUGCCAGUGCUGGCGGAAGGACCCUGAGGAACGGCCCACCUUUGAGUAUUUGCAGGCCUUCCUGGAGGACUACUUCACCUCGACAGAGCCCCAGUACCAGCCCGGAGAGAACCUAUAGACCUGGAGCUCCUCCUGGCACCA